AGAAAAUGAAAUAAAUAUUUUCCGGCUUUAUCUGUUUAUUGCAUUUCUGCACGAUUCACUGAAGAUUAUAGACUAGCUAAUAUUACAUAUCAAAAUGGAGGAUGAAGAUGAUGUCGUGUUCGACAGAGCUAAUCUCCUCAAUAGCUCUAAAACUUCUAACAAGGAUUAUACAUCAUCCAAGACAAGCCCAUCAUGUGGAAAGAUUGUGACCACAUUAUGUCUGUGUUUAGCCUUCUUUGGACUUGGUCUCUCUUUGACGAUUCCAGGACCAACAAUGCCUGACUUACGGCUAACAACAAAUACAAAUACUACUCAGAUAUCUACAAUAUUUGUAGCUAGAUCCAUUGGCUAUCUAGCAGGCUCCUUUGUCAGUGGUGUACUCUAUGAUAAGAUCAACCAAAAUUUGCUUCUGAGUGGUGGCCUAUUUGUGACAGCAGUGAUGACUGCAACUACCCCAUUGUGUCACAGUCUGGAAACACUUGGAGUAGUCAUAGCUUUCCAGGGUCUGUCAAUGGGAUCCAUAGAUACAGGAGGGAAUGUUAUGUGUGUUAACAUGUGGGGCAGGAGGCUUGGGCCAGCUAUGCAGGCGAUGCACUUUACAUUUGGUCUUGGAGCAUUCGUAGCUCCUCUUAUAGCUGAACCAUUCCUUUACCCUACAAGUGUCAAUGAAUCUGACUUUGGUGUCCUGAAUAGUACAGUUACAGUUAGUACAGUUCCUGAGCCCUCUAACAAGGGUAAUGUGGUGAAACGUGACACUAAUCAUAACAUUACAUUGUUAAAACUAACUACUAGUACAGCUCCCCUAAACACAACAACUGAAGAAGUUAAGAAGCCAGAGGUUAGUGGAGUUAAUCUAAGUCCGGAUGAGAAUACUGCAAAUGGAAAGAAACUAGCUAAAAUUAUGAAAGAGAUAAAUGCAAAAGACAAUACUAAACUAAAGACUACAACACCCACUACUCCUGUACCAACCAAAACAACUGCAACAAGCACCACAAAUUCGGCUACAACCACUACACUUGCUUCAACCACCACAACUUCUACAACCACUACACUUGCUACAACCACUACACUUGCUACAACCACUACACUUGCUACAACCACUACACUUGCUUCAACCUCCACAACUUCUCCUAAAACCACAACUUCUGCUACAACACCAGUGAUCAGUACAACAACUAAUAAGACUAGUACAAUACCAGUGGCUGAUGCUACAACCACUACUUCAACAAAAAUUGCAAAUACUAAUGCAACUGUUCAGUCUAUCAAUAAAACUAAAUGUGAAAAUGAGACUGGAUGUGACAUUGAUCCCAUUCAAGAAAUCAAGGAUAAAGUAGAUAAGAUUUUAGAUACAGUUAAAGAGAUGGAUAGGUGGCAGUUAGCCUGGCUUGUUAUCAGUGGCUUGUUGCUUCUCCUCAGCUUGUUAUUUUUGUGCAGUUGUUGCUGUGGACCCUGCACCCUUCGUGCCCUCCCACCACUGGAAAAAGAAACUAAAAUGCUACGAAAGGAGAGUGUGGGCUUUAGGAUACAGAUGCUAGCACUCAUGUUUGUCUUUUUCUUCUUUUAUGUGGGUAUUGAAGUGACUUAUGGCAACUUAGUGUCAAUGUUUGCCAGUGACCAUUGUGAUUGGAGUAAGCCAAGAGCUAGCAUGCUUGUUGCCAUAUUCUGGGGGACAUUUUCCAUUGGCAGGCUUUUGGCUAUUCCCUUAUCUAAAUGUUUAAGUCCGUCCUUAAUGCUUAUCACUGAUCUGGCCCUUACUGCUUUGUCUUUGUUUGGACUGACACUUGGCUUGGGAGCAGAACAUAAAUGCAAUGAUAUGGUACUGUGGUUUUGUACAGGUACACUUGGUUUGGGCUUAUCAACCAUAUUUCCAACUGGAAUAAUAUGGGCCGAGCGGUACAUGCAAAUAACUGCCAAAGCCACAUCUGUGUUUGUUGUGGGCUCGUCACUUGGAGAACUUGCUUUGCCAGCCAUGACGGGAAAGCUUUAUGACACUAAGUCAACAAUGUGGUUGGUAUAUACCCUUUUAGCAUGUACUGUAAUCGCUGGUAUUUUAUACGUCAUAAUGCAAAAUCUUGCCUCAAAUAAGGGUGAGAAAUACCAACUUUUAAAUGCAGCCCUCAAUACAGACAAUGAUGGUGACAAUAUGGAAUUAGAUUCAGCAGUUGGGGACUCUUCUAAUGGUCUGCUAUCUACAAACAGAAAACGUGUCACAUUUAAACUGACUGAUGAAAUUAAAGGCAAGAGAUUGUUAGGUAAAAACCGAAGUGCAAAACAAGAUUAAUUGAAUGCUGGCUUGCUUAAUCUACAUGUACAUACAAGAUUCCAGUGCUGGGUGGUUGUUUCUAUAUAUUCAGCUCAAAUAUAUAUUUAAUACAAAUAUUUCAUUCUAUGCAGGUGAUAUGUUAUAUGUAUCAAUUGACUGUAAUUGAAUUUGAAUUGAAGAUUGUAUUAAUAUGUAGCAUAAGUAAGGAUGAAUUUAUUGUCAGGAUGUAUUUUAAUUUUUUAAAUGUACAUAAGGGUUCUCUUUUUAAAUAUUUGUCUAUUUUAAUUUUGACAUCUCUGGCCAAUACAGGUUUUUAAUGAUUCACAAAAUCUGAGACUACUGGUCAUGGAAAAUAAAGUGUUUUUUUAAUCAUAUAAUGUCAGAUUGAUCUCAUUCAUACUUUGUGAAGAUUGGUACUAAGUUCAGUUGCAAGAAUAUUUCAAAUGAAAAAUGGCAAGAUUUCUUGCAUCAAAUCUAAGAUAGUAUCUCGAGUUUUAGAGUACAAUGAAUCAAGCUACAUGUAUUUAUUUUCAGUUUUCACCCUCUGUGAAAAACAGGGACAAUUUUAUAUUUUCCACUUUCUUACAUCACAGUAUCAUUAUUAUUAUGGUGAUAAAUAGAUAUAAUAUAUAAAAAGGAGUUGCAAAUCUUCAUGAGGUUGAAACUCCAUGGAACUACAUUUUGUAUUUACACAUUUUCCCUCUUGACAGCUAUGAAAUUCACUGGUACUGCACUCUUCAUAAGAGUGGGUGCAUGGUUGAUAAUUUCAUGCUUCCACAAUGUUUGAAAUACUGUGUUCUGAUUGGCUAGAAUUUGACAUUGAAUUGAAC